UGCAUGCAAUAUUAUUCCAUUCUUUACUAGAAAAUUUAUUGUUAUUUUAAAAGAAAUUUGACAAAAUUGUUACAAAAAAUAAAAUAAAAUAAAAAUGAAAGUAAUCGCUGUUUUGUGUUUGUUUGCUGCCGUUGCGUAUGCCAAAGAAGUUGAAUUAAUCUCACAUGAAGCCAUGGUGGAAUAUGAUGGCAAAUUUCAUUACCAUUACGAAUUAGGAGAUGGAUCCAGAGCCACACAAGAUGGUGUUUUAAAACAAGUCGAUGCCGAGCAUGACGGUGAGGCCAUUGAAGGUAGAUUUGCAUUCAUAGCUGAUGAUGGCCAUGAAUAUGCCCUCUCAUAUACUGCUGACGAAAAUGGUUACCGUCCAGUAGGCGCCCAUUUACCUACACCACCACCAACACCCGACUCUGUGCUCAAAACAUUGCAAUACUUAAAAGAACAUCCAUAUCAUAAACCCGAGGGCAGAAAGUAUUGAAAUUGAGAAAUAUUUUCGCACCCCCUCCCCCAAAAAAACAUGUAUUUUUAGACAUAAACCUAAUUGUGAUUUAAGAUAUUAUUUUGUUGUUAAAAAGAAAAAUUAUUUUGAAAAAAAGAAAGAAAGAUUUUCGUGAUUGUUAAACAAAUAGAAGUGAUAGAAAAACAAAAACAAAUACGACUGAUAAUAAAGAAAUAAAUUGUUAAAAUAUUUAAAUAAUUGUGAAUGAAUUUAUUAUAACCAUAAUAAACCAAAAAAUAUAAAAGUAUA